AUGGAAGUUUUAGCGCCAUCGUCGUUCAAGGCAUACGCCGCAUACCUCGUGAUUCCGGGACUUGCUGGAAUUCCCGGCCCUGGAAUUGCCAAAUGGACUCGUCUCUGGAGGUUACACAGUGUGUGGAAGGCCGAUGACCACAAUACAGCCAUUGACCUGCAUCGCAAGCAUGGACCUCUGGUCCGCAUUGGUCCGAAACACAUAUCUGUUGGAGACUCCAGUGCUAUUCGGAUAAUCUACGGUCUCAACAAGGGUUUCACAAAGACCGGCUUCUAUCCCAUCCAGUGCAUAUCAUGGAACAAAAAGCCCCAGAUGAACCUUUUCUCCACCUGCGACGAGAUGUUCCAUCGUGAAACAAAAGCGCCCACCACCUACGAUCUCGUUACAUACCUUGAUCACACCCUGAGUUCAGUCGUCGACCUGGGAAUGUGGCUGCAAUACUACGCCUUUGACGUGGUCGGGGAAUUUACCUUUGCCAAGAAGCUCGGCUUUCUGCAGGAGGGAAAUGAUGUCGACGGCAUGAUUGAAGCGAUUCAGGGGAAGCUGCUUUACGCUAGCGUGUGUGGGCAGAUCCCCGAGGCUCACCUGCUGCUACUGGGAAAUCCUCUUUUUCCGGUGUUCAUGCCCAGCAUGGAGACAUGGAAUCAUGUCUUGAAUCUUACGCUCAAGGCCAUCAAUUCGCGAGCAUCGCUGCAGCGAGACGGCGAGCUCGAUUCCGGGGAGAAGCCCGAAGCAGGGAAGGACAUGCUGUCCAGGUGGAUGGCCAUCCAUGCGUCUGAUCCGGAGAAGCUUUCUACCCGGGAUGUCAUUGUCCAUCUUUCGACAAAUGUGUUUGCCGGUUCAGACACCACUGCCAUCGCUCUGCGAGCUGUCCUCUACCUCCUUCUUCGCAAUCCGGCGGCCAUGGCCAGGCUGAACGCCGAGAUCGAUCAUGCCGACCGAGAGGGGAAACUAAGCAAGCCGGUUUCCUGCCGAGAGUCCACGAGCCACCUGCCUUAUCUGCAGGCAGUUCUCAAGGAGGCAAUGCGACUACACCCAUCCGUCGGGCUGAUACUCGAGCAUGAAGUGCCCAAGGGCGGCAUCACCCUCUGUGACAGGCAUAUUCCCGGUGAAACGGUGGUUGGCAUCAACGCAUGGGUUCUCCACAGGGAUGCCAGGGUCUUCCCAGACCCUGACAAGUUCAUUCCCGAGCGGUGGAUGGACAGCGAUCCGCAGCUGCUGAAGAAGAUGGAACAGAGCUUCUUUGCGUUUGGUGCGGGGUCCCGGACUUGCAUUGGCAAGAACAUCUCGUUUAUCGAGAUGCAUAACAUUAUCCCGCAGCUGUUGCGGGAGUGCGGGAUUCGACUGCACAGCCCAGAAGAGGGGUGGAAGACGAAUAAUCACAUCCGAUUCCCACUUCAAUACCUUCACUUCGUCAGACGGCCUUCUCACAUCCUCACAAUGUCGAAUAGAACCCUGCUUCUCAUUGGCUCCGGCCCCGGUAUUGGUGUCGCCGUUGCAUCCCUCUUUGCCCAGCGGUAUUUUGAUAACAUCGCUCUCUUCGCACGAAACCCCGUCCAGCUGGAGAAGGACCGAGAGACCAUACUCGCUUCAGCAGCGAGCGCCAACCGCUCUGUCACAGUGCAGACCUGGCAGGUCGACAUUGGCGAUCUGCGCCGUCUGGAAGAGGCACUCGCGCAGGUCGCCCAAUUCGGGGAUUUGGAAUGUGUGUAUUUCAAUGCGGCGCGGGUAGCGCCCAGCCCCAUCUUUGAGUUUCCGAUCUCGGGGAUUGAGGAGGAUUUCAGAGUAUCGAAUCUUGCUCUCUAUGCAGUAGCAAAAUGGGCGAUGCCGCUUCUGUGUGCGAAAGCAACGAGCGGGACUGAUUGCCGACCGUCCUUCCUAGUCACGAGUAGCUUGCUCCCUGUCGAUCCCAUUCCGGAGCUUUUUGCGCUAUCUAUGGUCAAGGCCGCUCAGGCGAAUCUGGUCAAGUCGUUGGACAAAGCAUUCACCCCGCAGGGUGUGCAUGUUGGUUUGGUGGUGGUGGGCGGGGAGGUGUCUCCAUCAGCACCAGCGCUGAAUGCAAGGAACAUUGCUGAGCAGGCUUGGAAUUUAUUCGCACAAAAAAGAGAGGCUUGGACGGGACAGGUGACGAUUCUGGAGGAUGGGCGCGUCGAAUGGGAGCCUUCCAUUUGA